AUGCAGCAGCACAAUCAGACCUAUGAGCCCCCAUCUUCGGCCGAGAUUCGAUGCGUCGAGGCUUUCUUUGAUGGAUUCCACCGCAACUUUCCUAUUCUACACGAGGGUUCAUUCCACAUUGUAUCAACUCAAGUGCCUCUGUUGAACGUAAUCACAGCUGUUGGGAGCCUCUACUGCGAGUCUUCAUUCGACGAGGCUGCUCGGAAGGCCGUAUUCGAGUCCACACUGUCUGCACUACAACAAUAUGUUGAGCAGAACCGAUCACGAUACCAAGAGAUCUGGGUUCUUCAAACCUUUCUCCUCCUCGAAUUCCUCGGCAUCUACGGCGGCAACGACACGAGCUUCCUUAAGGCUCAGCGCAUUCAUCGAGACCUAAUAGACGCGAUACGACUUCUCCAGAUGUCUCAAGACAGCUCCCUAGAGUCUCUGUCUACCAACUCUGGCGAAGACAGUGGAUAUGGCGAGGAGGGUGAUGAAGACGACAUCAACGAACCGGUCAGCGCCGAAGCUCUCAACGAGCAAUGGCAGGAUUUCAUCAAGAAGGAAUCAAAGAAACGAUGCGUUUACAUGCUCUACCUUCUCGAUUCACAACUCGCCAUCCUCUGUAACCUCAGACCCAUGCUCUCUUCGCUCGAGAUCAAGUACGACCUGCCCUGCUGCGAAGAUAUCUGGCUCGCCCGCUCCGACAGGGAUUGGUACGAGCGUCGCCGGCAACGAUUCAAAUCCUUUGACGAGCCCGACGACAACGCCUAUUCACACGAGACACCCCCAUCGCAAGGCUUCUUCUACGAAGCUUCGCAGACGCUUCUCCAUUCAGGGCGCGGCGACGACAAGGAUAAUGGCGGAGGGAAACGGCAGCCCAAGAAACUCAGGCUUCUCUGGGCUUCGCCUUUUGCCGCCGUCAUUCUUGUUACUCAGCUACAGAUGAUGGCCCGCGAGCUCACACACGCUAGUUGUCUACUGGAACGGCCCAAGGCACAGCGGCGAGCUCUUUCCAUCUUGACAGACAAGCAGCACGCGCAAAUAUCGCAGGCACUGAAAGGGAUUGCCGAGUUGGUACCGCGUAAUCAGAAGCCAGUGUUCAGCUUCUUUGAUUUUGGACGCAUGGACGUCCUUCCAGACGGUUCGGACCAGACUCCGCUGUGGCACACAUUCUGGAUACUUUGGUACUACACCUCCAUCACUUUAUCACACCCGGACUCGCUAUUGGUGAGCGGUGUUGUUGAGUCUAAUCUCCCUCUUGCGAUAGCUACCGCCGGCCACCUUGCAACACCACGGUCCAAAGAUAAGCGAGACAUCUACGAAGACCGGGAUGUUUUCAGAAUACUCAAUGAUCUCGAAAUGGCUCUCGAUCUGUUAAACCCGAUAAAGUCAACCGCACCGCCUUCUCUCGAGAACCCCUUCAUCACACUGCUCGGCUUCAAGAUCUGCCUCGUGGGCUGGCGGCUCGUGCGUCUCACAAUGCCCGCGGCUCAGCGCAGUAGCGUCAGCGAUAUGAAUGGAUCUGGAGGGAUGGGUAUGGGACUAGGAACGGGAAUGGGGAACAGUACUAACGGGCGUUCCAACCCCAGCCGCUUUGUUUUGGAUGCUAUCAUGGCCUGUGUUGGGAAUGCCGGAGACGAUGAUGUCGAAAAUGCGGCGGCUGCGCUGGCUAUGCUGGAUGACAGGCCUGUUGACCUUGCACGGAGUGAGGUGCGGUUCCUGGAAUGGAUCGUUGCCAACUUUAAUAAGCGGACGACUUGGCCGGUUGGGAAGUGGGUGGCCACGGUGAUGGAGGAGAGUCUCUCCAAGGCGAAAGAGGCUUAUGCAGCACCACAUAGUGAAUGA